AGUGCUGCCACAUUUUUGUAACUGCUCUCCCUUAUUUUGCAUAGAAAAUAAACAAAAAGCUCUGCGGAAAUUAUGUUUUCACAAUAAUUCCCAACACAUUUGUGCGGGCGCAAGUGUGUGUGCUGGAAAACCCCAAUCGUCAGGGAUCGAGGAAACUAAAGAGCCUGCAGGAAACCAAAAGCGGAACUAGAAAUUGCGCAUUCCACGAAAGCACUCACUAAACGAGAAAGCAACAACAACAACAGAGUCAACUGUGAUACGAGAACAGCAUAGCAAAAGUUCACAGUCGCUGCGGCCGGAGAGCUGGCGUCGGCGAUGGCCACGGCACCGCGUUCCCUGGACACCAUCUCCCUUUGCUCCACAGUCUCCAGCUGCCCGGAUCGUAAUGGCUUCUACGGCGGCUUCCAGCGCACCGACAAGCCCAAGGAGCCGCUCUCGAAGGCACAGAUUAUUGCGAGGGAGAAGAAAUGGCUGUACAUGAUUGAAAACUGGUCCAUAUACAUGUCGAAAAACUAUAAAAAGAUCCGCGAUCGAUGCCGCAAGGGAAUACCCAAGUCUGUGCGACCCAAAGCCUGGUUCUAUCUGUCGGGGGCGUAUUUGCUGAAAAAUAAGAACCCAAAUGUAUAUCAGGAUCUGUUGAAGAAGCCUGGAAACCCGGCGACCAUUGAGGAAAUCAAAAAGGACAAGCACAGGCAGUUUCCCUUUCACGAAAUGUUUCUCGACGAACAGAAGGUGGGCCAGAUCGAGCUCUUCAACGUGCUGAAGGCCUAUUCCAUAUACAAUCCGAAGGUGGGCUUCUGCCAGGCGCAGGCACCGAUAGCAGCCUUUCUAUUGAUGCACCUGCCCGCGGAGGACGCCUUUUGGGUGUUUGUCAGCGUUUGUGAUGUAUACCUGCAGGAUUAUUUUAUACCCGGCCUGGAGGUGAUUCAGAACGAUGCUGGCAUUCUGGAGGGCUUGCUGAAGAAAACCUGCCCACCCGUCUACCGCCACCUACAGAAGCACAAAGUGGAGCCGCUGCUCUACAUGACCGAUUGGUUCCUGUGCGCCAUGACCCGCACAUUGCCCUGGGAGACCCUGCUGCGUGUCUGGGACUGUUUCCUGGCCGAGGGCAUUCGGGUGAUCUUCAAGGUGGCUCUGGUCAUCAUAGGAGCAUCGCUCAGCCGGCAUAAGGUGCGCAAGACGUGCACUGGCCUGUGUGAGACGCUGGCGGUGCUGCGAUCCCCCGAAGAACACAUCGUCGAGGAGGAGUUCCUCAUCAACAACAUGAUGCGGCUGAACCUGCGCGUCGAGGACUUCCAGAUCGAGCACACGCGCCAGAAGGCGCGACGGGCCAAGCAAAAGGCCCAGCAAGAGGCGGAGUCCAGUGGACAUCGGCGCAAUAUGCCGACCCUGUGAGGGAAUGGGCGCUACAAUAACUACAACAAUUUGUUACUAAACACACACACAAACACAACAACAUACAUGCCUAGUUGCAUAAGUUUCUACGUUUAAAGUCGAAUAGGAGGCACAAAGCGGGUGGUAGCUGGGAGCUGUGGGACACCGCCCGGUGGGUCAUUCAAUUACAGAGACAUCAUUCCAUGCAAUCAGUUUUGUCUAAUUUUAAGCCAAUUCUUUUGUUGAGCACACAUCGGGGCUGGAAUUGUAUCUGUAUUCGGAAUCGUAUUAUUCAUUUAGCGGCAACUAUUACGAGCGUGCAAUUUUUUUAUGCUUUUCAAAAGUAUUUAUUACAUACAUAUAUUUAUUAUUACUGGAUAACAGAUUAGAAGGAUUAGAGUUAGACUUGAUUUGAGGACCCGAACAUAUCGUAUUACUAUCAUCAUCACCAUCAGAAUGGCUCCAACGUCUUCUUUAUUAGUUUAAUCCGCAUCCAUCCCGAUAAGAAAUGUUGAUAUUUACCUACGAUGUGUUACGAAGGACAUCUGUGUUGAGAAGAGAGCUCGACAAGGGCCGGCAAGGAUUUUUUGACCGAAAUUAACAUAAAACUGUAUUACUAAUAAAGAAAAAUAUACCUAAAAAAAU